GCAACAAGUACUAAAUAGUAUAAGAACCCAGAAGAAAUCCCCAAAUAAAAAAGUUAUAUAUUAAAGACAAAAAUCGCAACAAAAACAAACUCAGCAAAAUCCAAUCGUCGGCGGGAAACCAACCAACCAACAAAGUUUGCCAGUAGCUACCAAAAAAUGAAAUUAAAAUAAUAACAAAUCCUACUGUAUGUAUCUAAAACUUCGCGAGAAAUUAAAAUUUUCAAGCAGUUGAAAAUUUAAUAUCGCAUUCACUCCUGCAACCGACCCUGCUGCCUGCGCUUCAUCUCAGCCACAACAUGGAGAUCGAGCUGCUGCUCUGCUUCAUUGUGCUAAUCGCGGAUUUCCAUCGAAUUUCCUGUCUUUUUGUGACUGACAUCAGCGUACCGGAAAUUGUAGAUUUUCGCGAUAACGUCACGCUAUCCUGUAGUUAUGAUAUGAGCGGACAUACGCUGAAUUCUGUGAAAUGGUACAAGGAUAAAAUGGAAUUUUUCAGGUAUUCGCCAAUGAUGCAUCCAGUGUAUAUGAAAUUUCCCGUCACUGGCAUCCAAGUGCAGGAUGGAAAAUAUUUCUGUAAUGAAUCUACCUGCCGCGUUGAGCUGAGUCUGCUAGGCGCCAAAUCGACUGGAGCGUACAAAUGUGAGGUUUCUGGUGAUGCGCCACACUUCCAAUUGGCGGCGAAGGCUGACAAUAUGACUGUGGCAGCGCUACCUCAGAGUGACCCAUUGAUCGAUAGUUUCAAUUCAAUGUAUCGCAUGGAGGAAUUGCUCAGCGCAACAUGCACCUCGGACUAUUCGAGUUUGCCGACGCGGCUGACAUGGUACAUAAAUGGCGAGCAGGCUUCUCUGGGCGAACUACAGCCCAGCAUUGAUACCAGCAUACCGGCGCACGAUUAUAUUCUGCGUCGUCAAAAGCUGCAGGUGCGCUUUUAUUUGAGUGGUCCACGCUUUUAUCAUGCAGGUAAAAUUCUGGAAUUGAAGUGUGUGGCGGAAAUUGAAAAUUUCCCGGAACUGAAGCGUGAAACCUCGUUGAAUGCAGCACUCAUACACUAUGACAAUUUGAACAAUCAGAUGCUGAUACAUGCGGGCAGCGGAGCGAAUGGUGCUGCGAGCGCCCUUACUCAUCACAACACCCGCAAAGAUAUUUCCAUUCGUUUUGUGAUAUGUUUACUUCUCAUCAGCGUGCUGCCAAUUUUAUGAUCUGCCUGCAGUGCAGCCGCUAACUACGGAACAGAACAAAGCAACACGAAGCAGCAAGGGCAGAUGGCAAAGCCGGUUAGAGCUGUGGCCGUUUGGCAAAUGGGCAAAGCGUCGCAGACGAGAGCCACAAAAGCAACUACUAUAUCACAUUAGUUAGUUAGAGGUAACCAAUUAUGAUGUAAAUAAAAGAAAACGAAUACUAUUACUUAAAUAUGUAGCGAAAAAAAAAAA